CACUUGACAUUACACGUCACGUCGAUGCCAACCUUAAAAUUUAAAAAUCACUAAUUUGGGCGAAAAGAGGGCGAUUUUUGUUAAGCCCUUUGUGACUUGGCCCUGAUUUUCCCCGAAUUUACUUAAUUAUAGUCCUGGGAGGCUCCAAACUGGUUAAAAUGCCGAAAUUGGCUCACUUUUUGACAACACACGUGACAUAACCUCCAAAUCAAAACAAUCGGCUUAUCGCUUUAAAUUGCUAAUUGUUAUCAGUACUUCACAUGCCAUGCCGAAGAAAUGUCCGAAUCUAAGAGCGACAAUCAUGUCAAAGACGGACUCAUCGAUUUUACAGCCGGGUUUUUGGGGGGCAUUGCGUUGGUGUAUGUGGGCCAGCCCCUGGACACCGUCAAGGUAAAAAUGCAGACGUUUCCGAGCUUAUACAACAACAUGAUUGAUUGUUUCAUGAAAACGUUACGCGCAGAUGGAAUUUAUCGCGGUUUGUAUGCCGGUACAGUCCCGGCUUUGGCGGCGAAUAUCACCGAAAAUUCGGUCUUGUUUCUUUGUUACGGCUUUUGCCAGAAAUUCAUUCAAAAAGUCAGUCGUACGGAACACGUGGCUGAACUCAGCAUGAUGCAGAACGCCACGGCGGGUUUUUUGGCCUCAUUUUUCUCAUCGGUGGCGAUUUGUCCCACCGAACUUCUCAAAUGCAAGCUUCAAGCCAUGUUCGAGACGCAGAAACAGCAGGAGUUGCAAGGUUUGAAGGUGGUCAGAGUGGGGCCUAUGAAGUUAGCAGCGCAGAUAUUGAAGGCCGAGGGGCCCUUGGGGUUCUUUCAUGGGCUAGUCCCGACGUUAGUUAGGGAAAUGCCGGGAUAUUUCUUCUUUUUUGGGACUUAUGAAGGCACUAGGACUUUGUUGGCACGCCCGGGGGAAUCCAAGGACGAUAUAGGCUUGUUUAAAACAAUGGUAGCGGGGGCUUUAGGGGGCAUGUCUUUCUGGACGUUGACUUAUCCGGUUGAUGUGGCCAAAAGCCGAAUACAAGUCACAGAUAGUAAGGUGAAUAUGGUUUCAAUGAUUGCACAGAUUUGGAGGCGCGAAGGCUUUAGACAACUUUAUAAUGGGCUAACUCCUACUUUAGUUCGGACUAUACCAUCCACUGCCACUCUUUUUGUCACUUACGAGUAUUCCAAACGAUUCCUCCACCAGAUUUUCUAAUUAGAAACAAAACUCGAAAAUAGUUUUUAUACUUUAUUUUUUCCAAUAAAUAAAUAAAUAGGAAUACUGGGUAAUACUGUCA